AUGAAGUUCACCGGCGUCGCUGCUAUGGCUUUCAUGGGCUGUGCCCUCGCCCUGCCUCAUGCUCCUUCUUCCAGCGGAUCUGUCUCCAGUACUGUCACCCCGACCAGCACUGUCACCCCGACUUCCUCGGCUACCCCCAGCUGGCCCUUCGAGAAGCGCCAGCUGCCCAUUCCCUCGGGCAUCCUCUCCGGCCUGGAGUCCGUCUUCCCCGAGCCCACUGGUCUGCCCACUGGUUUCCCCAAGCGCCAGUUCUUUGCUACCUCGAGCUCUACUUCCGCUAGCUCUACUCCCGCGAGCUCUACUCCCGCCAGCUUCACCAGUUUCCCCACUGGUCUCCCCAAGCGCCAGUUCUUCGCUACCUCGAGCUCUACUCCCGCUAGCUCUACUCCCGCCAGCUCUUCCUCCAGCUUCACCAGUUUCCCCACUGGUCUCCCCAAGCGCCAGUUCUUCGCUACCUCCAGCUCUACCUCUACUCCCGCUAGCUCUACCCCCGCAAGCUCUACUCCCGUCAGCUCUUCCUCCAGCUUCACCCUGGUCCCCACUUUCCGCGUUUAA